UGCAAGCCGAAAUGUCAUCAAACAGCGGUGUGUCGUAAAUUUUUUCGCGUCUAGCGGAGUGAUAAUUUUCAUUUGAUAAAUAUUGCGUGAAAAACUGUUCAAAUCUGUAGAAAGUUAUUGCAUUUAGUGAGUUGAACGGUCGGUGUGGCGAAUUAGCAUAAAAUUUCCCCGUUUGAAGUGCGUUUUCGGGUGUAAAAUCCCGUUUGAAAAUGUCAACAAAAGCCAGCGAAGAAGACACCCACCAUGAUAGCGACAUCACGGAUGAGUUCAUUGAUGAUGAAGGCGAUAAGACCGGAUAUUUCCCGGGAAAAACGGUUACUAUACAGAUGUUGCUCGCUGCGAAUGUCCUCCAGCCAGGGAAGGCCGCCAUGAGCAUCGAGUAUCUGGGACAAAAAUUUAUCGGCGAUUUGCUUUCGGAUGGAAAGAUAAAAUCCCACGAAACGGAAACAAUAUUCUGUUCCCCGAGUGCUUGGGCCAUUUAUUGCAAACGCAUCAUUAAUCCGGACAAAAAGUCUGGCUGUGGAUGGGCCAAUGUAAGAUACAAAGGCCGCAAGUUAGACGCCUACAAGGCGGCGUACCACCGGAAGCAACUGCAGAAAGAAAAGGAUCAUAAGGAUGACGGGAUACCAGUUGAUGACACUCUGGAGGAAACUGAAGAAGACAAGACGGCAAUGGAACCACCACCUGUUAGAAGAAACAUUGUGCAACAUAAUACCGUUAGCAAUCGUAAUAUAUUACAUGAUGCAAAUACUCUGAUUGAGUCUAUACCAUUUACUUCGAUUGGCAAGAUGCAACCGUUCCUGGUCUCGGUGUCUUCGUCCACGAUUCUGGUCAUGGACUUCCAUUGUCACCUGACAAACAAUGAAGUUUGUGGCUAUCUCGGCGGCACGUGGGACAUCAAUGCCCACAACUUGUCUAUCACACAUGCGUUUCCUUGUCGCAAUUCACGGUUCGAUAGGGAUAAGGCCGCCAUGUGCGAACUGCAGAUUCAAAAGUUAAUGGUCAAGAAGAAUCUCAACUUGGUCGGAUGGUACCAUUCGCAUCCACGUUUUCCAGUCCAACCGACAUUGAGGGAUUGCGAUGCUCAGCUAGAGUAUCAGAUCAAGAUGAGAGGGCCUACCGAAGCAUCCUACAUACCAUGUGUGGGAUUUAUUUGCUCUCCAUACAAUGAUGAUAAUGUUACAUUGGAGUCCAGCAUUUUAUCUUUUUGGGUUCUGCCGCCCCCGGAAAACCGUCCUGCGGAGUAUGGACGACCAAUGCUGAUGACCUAUAAUUUAAUCCACGAUGAGGUUCUCUCGGAAGAUAUCAAGGAAGAAAUGAUGCUCACCGUUGAUUAUUAUAAGCAGUUCAAGCGUGAACUAAUCAAUUUUCAAUCAUCGUACAAAAACGAAAUCUCAUACAUUGAAAAGUUGAAGAGGACUCUCCAACCCAAGUUUCCCCUGGACUCAACUUCCGGCCAUUUUUGGAAUUGGAUCCGUGAACUGCUAGGACUGGAUCCUGAGGAAAUUAUAGCCAUUCCAGAGCCGCCGCCACCACCACCCGUUCCCAUCAGUAUUCCCAAGAUUCCGGAGCCUCUAUCCGUACCGUCGAUUGUCAAUUUGACUACCGGAGAGGAAAGCAGCGCCACUACCGAAAACAAAAACGAUGAGGACUUCGACGGUGUAUCGGAAAUGGGCGAUUCGGAUGUGAUUUCUCUUAAAGAUGAUGAUCCAAAAGUGCCAUCAUUGGCUGUUCCUAGCCUACAGGCUCAACUGAAGCGACCAUCCGGGUUGAACAUGACCCCAUCUCCGUUAUCUAGCUCAUUAGUAGUAAUGCCAACCAAUCUCAGCCAGAAUAACUCCAACAAUGCCAAUACUGGCAACAUUAACAACCAUGGCUCGAUAAAUACUAAUACAUCUUCUCCCCGGGACAGUCCUAUCACUAUACCGUCAAAUUCAGCAAGCCCAGCCAAGUUCGAGAUUCCUGUCCGAGCCAGCCCAUCUCCUGCCAAAUCGGAUACUUCAUCGUGUCGUAGUCGUACUAGAAACUCACCGGCUCCGAGUCCCGGUAAACUUUCCAUUGGGGACAUUCUUGGAACCGGUAACCGGAACAGUCCCACUCUCAACUCUCUCAUCGGUAACAUGGGCAACAACGUUUCCAACAUUCACGAUCUCUACGCGGCUACUUUUGCCUCCUUGGGCAGCUCGCUGCCAGCAAAUCUCCUGCCCCAAGACUAUGCGUCGCUCUUCCAAAACACCAAACGGGACGAGUACGGUCUAUCGGCGCUGAACGCGUUGGCCCAGGUUGCGGCCGCAUCUGGAAUCUCCAACUCGCAAAUCAACGAGACUCUUCUGCACAGUCUCAACCGAAGCAUCUCGUCGAAAACAGGCCAAACAUCAACGGUAACCACCACAACGGCCACUAUGACAUCGAGCAAUGCGUCACCGUCGGUGGCGGCAGCAGCAGCGGCUGCAGCUGCGGCAGCCAGCAGCUCCAACCUGCCGGCCAUUCCCAACAUGAAGGAGUUCAUGCAGCAGCUCGAGAAGGGCAAUUUGAGCCUACUGAUGCAGUCUCAGUAUGCAAAUCCGCUGGCCGGAAUGACGGGACUCUCCGGACAACCAAGUGCUGGAUCAAGUGGUGGUAAAUCCGGAUCAAGUCGUUCGUCAAGCAAAUCAUCUCGUUCGAAAUCACAGCAACAGCAACAAUCUGUCCAGCAGCAACUUCAGCAAGCCCAGCAACAACUGCUACAGCAGCAACAGCAGCAGCAUCAAUCGCUCAUGGAUUACGCCGACUUCACCAGCAAAUUUGACCAGAGCAAACUGGCCGAUCUGAUGAAAUCUCCCGAAUACUCCCAAAUGCUCCUCCAGCAAGCACAGGCCCUGGGAAGCCUUGGAAGUGAAAUCUCGAUCAUUAAAAAGCCAUCCUCCAAGAAUAAUAGCUCAAAUGCUUCUAGCAACAAUGCGAACAACAACAGCAGUAACAGCAACACCCAGAAUGCCGCUACGAAUGCCAGCAAGAAAGAUUCGGCCAGUGACCUGAUCACGAAACUUCGUACUAUUUUCUCAACCGAUGCAUAUCUUCCACCGAUGCCAACGGCAGCAGACAUCAAUCUGCUUGCCGAGCAGUCACAAAAGGUUCCGGAGAUCCAGCAGAUUCUCAAUUCUGGCAAUCUGGACGACAUCCAGGUGCUACUAAAAGCGCAAUCUCUAUCCAAUAAUAUGUUGGAUUUUGCUGCGUUCCAGCAAGGAACAUCCGGUGUAGGCGGAGGCAGUGGCUCUGGGGAGGGUUCCAGCAAGGCUGCCAAGCAAGCAGCUAAGGAGGAACGAGAGAGAGAACGAGAGCGAGAACGUGAACGGGAAAGAGAACGGGAACGUGAGAGGGAGCGAGAGCGUGAACGAGAAAACGCCGCGGCUAAUGCUGCAGCUGCAGCCGCCGCUGCUAUGAAUCCAUAUCUGUCCGCAAGUAAUCUAUCGGCUUUGUUCGAACCUGUCCAGCGAUCUGGUUCUGGGAAAUCUGGAAAAGCGGAUAAGAAUAAAGGCUCUUCUGAUCGCAGCACCACUAACGUUGCAUCAAACCCGGCAGAUAUGUUGAAUAGUUUAUUUACUUCUGCAGUAGGAGGAGCAGGAGCGGCAGAUAUGAACGCGCUGCUGUAUGGUCAAGGCAAAGGAGCUCCAGAUUUGAGCAUGCUUUUCGGAGGAGUAAGCUCCGCGCCAACUUCCUCUUCCAACUCGAACACAACUUCAACUGCUGCUGCGGCCGCAGCAGCUGCUGCCGCCAAACAAAGCUUGGACUAUCUAUCAAUGUUCCCGAACUUUUCCUCUGCCAAACUCCCGGAAAUGUCUGCUCUCUUCCAAUCGGAUAAAUUCGAAAUUCCAGAUCCACUGGCCAAGGCAACACUUGAGGCCAAUAAUAUGUAUCUCGCGCCGUCAGCGUCUUUGCUGAAACUUCAACAGGAAGCAUUCAACUCAAUGAUGAUGAAACCACCGAAAUCAUCGUCCUCGUCCACAUCUUCUUCCAGCAAGAUUGAAACGCCGCCGCCGAUUGCUGCCUCUCCCGGGGCACGUUCAACCCCUACUAAAUCUGCCAGUCGCGAGAGUCCUUCGCUCGGACCAAAAUAUAACUUCAGUGCCGUAGAUCUGGCCGUGUCCAGUGUCCCGUUGGCCGCCUCUUCUCCGCUUGGAGCUGCCGACCUAUCCCGUAAGACCCCACAAACUCCCCCGGUGGAUAUGGUAGCUUCGCCGUCCAUUCAAACUACUCCGCCGGCACAGUCGGCUGGAUCGUCGCAAAUUUUGCCACCCUACAAGAAACGGAUGGAGUUCUCAUCGAUUGCCGAUCUCGUGGCUGCUCCGCCCAGCAAGAUGCCGAAACUUUCCUCGGACAAUCUGGACCCCUGAACAGUGAGCGGAUACAAUCCAAGCGCGCAGGUAAGAUUUUGGAUAGAUAUCAUCGUUUAUACAAUUCUUUUCAGUAUUGGGCGUAGGUUUAUUGUAUGUUUAAGUAUGCGUCAAAUAUUUUUGAACUGAUUUUUUUUAUUAUCAUGACAAUGUACUGAAAGAUGCAGUAAUUUAUUCGCGAAUGUGGGCACGCAGCUAAGCGGUCGUUUUACUUCCUAUUAUCCAAAAUCAUUUUAGGAAGAGACUCACAGUUUGAGAUUUUCAAAAAAAAAUAGUAACAUAAUAGUUACAAUAUUCAUAAUAAUCAAAGUAUCGAUAAAUCAGACAGAUAUAUCUAAUAAUAUACAAUAACGUGUGAGCACA